AUGAGGGUCUUGUAUCUCCUCUUCUCGUUCCUCUUCAUAUUCCUGAUGCCUCUUCCAGGUGUUUUUGGUGGUAUAAGCGAUCCUGUUACCUGCCUUAAGAGUGGAGCCAUAUGUCAUCCAGUCUUUUGCCCUAGAAGAUAUAAACAAAUUGGCACCUGUGGUCUCCCUGGAACAAAAUGCUGCAAAAAGCCAUGA